AAUGGCGGACGAUUUGUAAAGUGACGCAAGCUAACGUUUUACGGCAUGCGUUUGUUCAAUUUUUCAAUAAUAGGAGUUGUUGUUAAAUUAUUGUCGUUAUUGUUAAACACAUGACCGGUUAGGGGUGUACUCAGUCAUGUCAAAAGCAAUGGCUCGCGAGUUUGACCACCUCUUCAAACUGCUGAUUAUCGGUGACAGCGGUGUAGGUAAGAGCUGUCUCCUACUGCGGUUUGCUGAUAACACCUUUUCCGGUAGUUACAUUACGACCAUCGGUGUCGAUUUCAAAAUAAGAACUUUAGAGAUAAACGGUGAGCGAGUAAAGCUGCAGAUAUGGGACACUGCGGGGCAGGAGCGAUUCAGGACGAUCACUAGCACAUACUACAGGGGGACUCACGGAGUCAUCGUGGUCUACGAUGUCACUAACGGGGAGUCCUUCGCGAAUGUUAAACGGUGGUUGCACGAGAUCGAACAAAAUUGUGAGGUCGUCAACAAAGUACUAGUUGGUAAUAAGAAUGACUGCCCGUCAAGGAAAGUAGUUGUAACGGAGGAUGCCCAAAGAUUUGCCAAUCAAAUGAACAUACCAUUGUUUGAAACCAGUGCAAAGGAAAAUAUUAAUGUUGAGGAAAUGUUUUUGACUAUUACUAAAAUGGCACUGAGGACUAAGUUGGAAAUGAAAGAGCGACAUGUGACAUCAAACGAUACAGUACACAUAAGGAAGAACCAUAAAACAAAGAAGAAAUGUUGCUAGUGAUAACACAAUAUGGCACUAAGCCGGGGAUGUCGCUUACACAAUGCUCAAAUUGAGAGAUAAUUGCACAACCCUAGCAGGACACUAUGUACCUCAGCCAUAUAAUGUUUACCAAUAAAAUAGAACCUUCUUUUUGUUGGUGUUAGGUACAAAAAGUGUAUUUUGACAUCAGCAGCAUUAUACAGUUUAGUCUUAUGAAACUAGUGGAAUUUUGUACCUUGAUAUGUAAGUUGAUCUCUAUUGAAUAUUAUCAUGGCAGUGUUUAUGUUAUACUCAAAGAGCUGAAUGUAUGUAUUCCCUACACUACAAUACAUCACUUGUCGUAGUACUCACAAUUUCUCUGGGUUUUACCUAAAUACAGCCAGUAUAAGUCAUUUUAGGAAAAAUAUGGGAUUAUUGUUUACUAUAUUAAUUUUAAUGUACAGUCAAGUUGGGUAACUUUGGCUUGUAAUGUUGUUUAGUUUAAAAAUAUUAGAUAGAAGUGUAAAAGAUGGAAGCAGAAUGGUAAGUUUUUAUGUUAUUUAAUCUGCAGCAAAUUUCAAUAGUAGAU